AUGGCAACAGGUGACUUAAAAAGAAGCCUACGGAACCUCGAACAAGUACUUCGCUCACUAAAUUAUCCCAAAGAGGUGGAUUGUGUAGGGUUGAUAAAGGGAGACACAGCAGCAUCUUUGCCAAUCAUCAGCUAUUCUCUUACUUCAUAUUCACCUUAUGUAGCAGAACUUCUGAUGGAAUCCAAUGUAGAGCUCAUAGCAAAGAAUGACUUGCGCUUUAUAGAUGCCAUCUAUAAGCUUCUCCGUGAUCAAUUUAAUUACAAGCCAGUUUUGACUAAAAAACAGUUUCUCCAAUGUGGGUUUGCAGAAUGGAAAAUACAAAUUAUUUGUGAUAUUUUGAAUUGUGUGAUGAAAAAGCACAAGGAGUUGAGUAGUCUUGACAAGACUUCAUUGCAACAAAGAAAGAAAAUCAGUUUUGGUAAGUCAGAGCCUUCAGGUAAUGAGAAAACAUGUACAGAACCUGUUGGCGUUGACAUCACUGGGAGGUUUAUGACUUCAGGAAAGAAAAAAGCUGUGGUGAUUCGUCACUUGUAUAAUGAAAAUAGUGCUGACAUGCCUGAAGAUACAUUAAGUACAGUAACAGAUGUUAAUGAAGAAUUUGAUGUGUCUGACAUAAAGUCUACUGAAAUAAAUAUACCUGAAAUAAAGGUCCCUGAAAUCAAGUCUGAGCAGCCUGAGAUGAAAUUGAAUCCUGAGAUCACUGCACUACAGACUGUGCUUGCUGAAUGUCAAGAGAAACUUAAGAAGCUUAGUUUGCUAGAGAGUAGGAUAGAAUGUUUAGAAGAAAAAAUGAAAGGAAAAGUGAUGGUAAAUGAAAAGACCUGGACUAAUCUUCUAAGCCGUGUCACUCUUCUUGAAACAGAAAUGCUUUUGUCUAAACAGAAUGAUGACUAUAUAGAGUUUAAUGAAAUGAAUGAAGGCUCUGUUACUAGUAGGCACAUGGAUUAUCUAAAUUCUGAUAUCACAAGCAAAGAAGAAAGACCAACAAGUCUUCCUCUAUCCUCUGGGUACAGUACAUCAUCAUCAGAUUCAACUUCUAGAAACUUGACUAUUAAUUACUGUGGUUUGAAAGAUAAUUCAGAGGAAACAACAAUCCAGAAAAUGGAAAGGAUGAAAAAAAUGUUUGAAGAAACUGCAGAGUUAUUGAAAUGUCCAACUCACUAG